GUUUUAGGUCUCAUUGUUGCACCGAUCGUAAUAUUCAAUCUCAUUCAUAAAAAACUUCUUCUCAGUUUAUACCAUUUGUGCUUAUCUUAAUUGAGCAAAACAUUGAUCAAAAAGAUGGGUUUUGAGACAUGCGGACCAAACGAAGCCAUGGUUGUAUCUGGAUGCGGAUACGGGCGUCCACUAAUGAUUCCUGGUGGACGAGUUUGGAAAUGGCCAAUGAUUCAACAAAUCCAAAGAAUUUCGUUGAAUACAAUGACAUUACGGAUUAAAAGUGAAAACGUAAAUACACAGAAGGGUGUUCCCAUCUCUUGUGUUGGAGUAGCACAGGUAAAGAUUCAAGGACAAAAUCAAGAAAUGUUGGCAAAUGCCUGCAUGCAAUUUCUUGGUAAGAGAGAAACAGAGAUUCAAAAUAUUGCACUUGAAACAUUGGAAGGUCAUCAGAGAGCCAUUAUGGGAAAUAUGACUGUUGAAGAAAUCUACCAGGAUAGAAAGAAGUUUGCAAAGCAAGUGUUUGAAGUCGCUUCAUCAGAUCUUAUCAAUAUGGGAAUUACUGUUGUAUCUUAUACCCUCAAAGAUGUAACAGACAGUGAAGGAUACCUAUCUGCUCUUGGUAAAGCAAGAACAGCACAGAUUCAUAGAGAUGCAAGGAUUGGAGAAGCUGAAGCUAAAAGGGACGCUGGCAUCAAAGAAGCUUUGGCAAAUCAAGCAAAAAUGAAGGCAAAAUUUGAAAAUGAUGCAAAAAUUGCCGAAUCGAAACGUGAUUUUGAGCUAAAGAAAGCUGCUUAUGACAAAGAGGUCAGCACAAAAAAAGCAGAAUCCGAACUGGCGUACAAUCUUCAAGAAGCCAUCACGAAACAGUCGAUUAAAGAAGCCGAAAUGCAGAUUAAGGUUGAAGAAAGAAACAAACAGAUUCAAGUACAAGAACAGGAAAUCAGCAGACGAGAUAAAGAACUCACGGCUCAGGUCAAAAAACCAGCAGAAGCCGAGAAGUUCAGAAUGGAAAGAAUUGCUGAGGCUGAAAGAAACAGGAUCAUCUUGGAGGCAGACGCAACUGCCCAAUCUAUUCAAAUGAAGGGAGAAGCAGAAGCAUUUGCUGUAGAAGCCAAAGCUAAGGCAGAAGCUGAACAGAUGGCAAAGAAAGCCGAUGCUUGGAAAGAUUACCAAGAGGCCGCCAUGGUUGAUAUGGUUCUCUCUACCCUGCCUAAGAUCGCUGCUGAAAUUGCUGCACCUCUAUCUGCUACAAAGAAAAUCACUAUGGUGUCAAGCGGAAAGGGGGAUAUCGGUGCGGCUAAACUGACAAGCGAGGUUCUUGACGUUGUUGCUAGACUUCCAGCUGUCGUCGAGAAGCUUACCGGUGUCAACAUGACGAAAGCCCUCAACAUUAAGGUGUAACUGACAACCUCUGACUUUGAAAAUUUUUUUUGGAUUUUUCCACCAGAUUUUUUACACUAUUAAGAGUUGUUUCAAAGAAUAAUUGUCUACUUUAACAACUAAUUUACCCCAGUCUCGACUUAACAAUUAUGAAUAACAACAAUAAUGAAUAAACAAUCUCCAGUUUCAUGAAAUAACAAUUUUAAUUUAGGCAUAAUCUGUUAUGCAUGAUUAAGUAUUAUUUGCUUAACUCUAUUAAAUUGACCGCAAAGUAAAAAAUAUGUUUUGGACAGAAUUUUAUAUGCAUCAUUGGGCAUGAUAUUUGGUAUUAGCUUUUUUGACUAUGAUAUGUUAUUUACUGUAAAAAAAUAUAUAAUUUUGGCAGAAUUCGUCAUGCAUCAUUAUGCAUUAACUCUUUAUGUUGUACAUUCAAUAAAGAAUUUUACUAGGUUAAAAUUUUUUAUGCAUCAUUAGGCAUUGACUCUUAUGUUGUUCACUCAAAGAAUAUUAUUUUUGGCAGAAAUUUUUAUGCAUCAAGAGGCAUGGUUUGAUAUAAUUUUAUUUACUCUUUGAUGUUUCAAUAAGAUUUGUGAGAAAAGAAUUGGCAUCCAUUGCUAUUAUAUUCAAUAUUAAACCAUUUGUAACCUUGUUUUUAUAAUUGAUUAAGCUGGUGGCCAUAUCAUUUGGUAAAUUUUUUAAAUUCAGUUUUUUACUUCUAACCAUAAUUACGCUUUUUAUUGUUGGUAUUACGUAAUGGUAAAAUGUCAUAAAUUCUGAUGGAAGCAUCCAAAUCACUGAGGGUUGAUCGACUGUUUGUUGCUGUACUUGAUGCACAGCAGUAGACCACCAUAUUUUAGGGUGUUUAUCGCCCUGUAUUGAAUUGUAUUAAAAAAAAUUGAUGUGCUUCACACAACUAAUGGUGGACAUAUAUACGCAUGUAUAAAAAAAGCUAGUAAGAUAUAUCGAGAACUGACUUAAUAAAAAAAAUUGUAAUAAAACAGGACUUUAUGAACACCCUAUAUAUAUAUAUGUAUAUGUAUGUCGGUGGACUAAAAUGUCUUAAAAUUGAUAAAUAUACAAAAGAUAUACUGUAAACAUGCAUAAACGCCCUUUUUUUUUAUCAAUUUCCACAGUCACUGGUUUUUAUUUCACAUCAUGGUACUCAUUGCAUUCAUUUUUAUUUUAUUUUUGUGUGAAUAUCUAAUAAUCAGAGGUUUGUGCUAGAGAAGUCUUAGGUUGUGAAAUCUAACGAGAGAGUUUGAGCACAGAGUAUGGAAAUGAUAGAUAUAUUGUAUUUGAAAUAUCCUCGUUUUUUUUCCCCUUUUAUUCAUUGCUAUUAUGUUGAAAAUCUUGACUAUAGGUUGUCCAUAAAGUCCAAAAAAAAUUAAAAUUGCAAAGGGAAUUUAUCGAUACCAUAUAUUGUGUUGGCCCUUGCAAAUGAAUUAUUAAAUGAAGUGAAAAUACUUGAACAAGUACGGAUUAAAGAACAACAAACCUGGUAAAUUGACUUCAUAACAAAAUUGAAAUUGUGAAGGGAUUUUAUGGACACCCCAUGAGAGAUAAACGUGAAAUUCUGAAUCUUUAUUUAUGAGAUUGAUAAUGUUAAAAUCAAGUGUUGGGGAGAGUCACUAAACCCUGAGUCUGGCGUCACAA